AAUUACUCCUUCAAGUGGUACCAGUAAAUGACUUGUGGCCGAGUUGACUGUAGCCAAACUUUUUGUGGCCGAGUUGACUUGUGGCCGAGUUGGAUCGAAUUCGAGAGGAAGAGGUACUUACCUGGUAGGCACGCAGGCGUACUGUAAACUUCAGUCAGUACUGUACCAGUAGGCCUAGGCACUGGUAACUCACUGGUACAGUACUGGUAUAGGGAUCACGUUCGAUUCAUUGACCGCGGGUAUAAAGCAGAGGUUGAAUAUUAUUUCAUGAUACGAAUCCACAGAUAAAAAUGGAACCAUUGACAAAGAUGAAUUAAGAAACCUUUUUUCAUUGACAUAUUACCACAUUUUCACCGAAAAAUGUUGGAAAGAUAUGUGAAUGAUGAGUUCAAAGCAGGUGAUCGUGAUUUCAGUAGUGGUGCAUCUAGCCCAGAUUGGAAGGACCUACAUGAUAUUAAUAAAGAAAUUGGCAAACUUAGUUACAAUACUAAUAAAGAUGAUUCCCAAGAAGAUGACUAUGAUGAUGAUGAUGAUGAUUAUGAAGACGAUUUUCAAAGUUCCCAAGGCAGUCGCAGUCAAUCACAAAGCCAUGGAGGACCAAGAAGCUACAAGAGCUCUGAAGCUAAUAGUAUUAUUGAGGACCUAGAAGUACCAGAGGAUGUGUCAGAUGAUAUUGACUUUUUUAACAGCAGUCAAGAAAAGUUUGAUGAUCUAACUGCUGAUAGAUCAGCAUCACAGCUCAGUCAAAGUGGAAACUUUGACUAUGUAGAAGAUGUCCAGUUUACUUCAUGACAAGAACCAGCACAAAGCUUAACCUUUGAUACACUACUUGCUGCCAUUUUUAAAAACUAAAUUAUUUGUUUAUUCUAUCCAUUUGUCAUUUUUUAUAUAAUGUAAAUAAGUCCUCCUUCUCCCCUAAAAAUGAAAAUGUGGUUUGCUGGGAGCUGUUGAUUUUUGGGCUUUGCUGUUGGCUGCUUUUCCUCUUUAUUACAUCAAAAAGUAAUUGAACUCAGCUAGUACAGGAGGCGAUUAAAUCUUCUACACCAGUUAUUACUAACGUUAUUAAUAUAUCAUUCAGCAAUCAUGGGAUCUU